AUGUCUUCUGCACAACCCACCGAAGCCGACAAUCGUCCCAAGAAAACACGCACCCGGGCUUCCAAGGCCUGCUUGGUCUGUCGUCAGCGCAAAGUCAGGUGCAAUGUCGCCCUGACUGGCAGCCCAUGCUCUAAUUGUCGGCUCGACCACGAGACCUGCGUGGUUCCGGAGCGGUCGAACCGAAGAUGGUCGCGCGAGUCGAACUACUCGUCAUCCACGGCAGCUCUUCUUGAGCAACACCGUUCCAAUUUGCGAAAGCCUCGAAGUAGGCGCCCGGACGGGGCUACCAACUUUGACAUGCCACGAAGCCCGAGACCCGACAUCCACCAGCACACGGGAGCUUCAGAAACACACAUCGUCUUGACUCGACCUCCCUCGCCGGCAACAGAAAAUGCACCUCGAGAUGACGGACCACCUCCAAGAGACCGAGAUGAGCCCUCGCCAUGGCACGAGUUUCGGCACAGCGAACGGGCAUUCACCACGACGGUGCCCAUAUCCGCAUAUCCGUUCCUUACAGUGUCCAACCUGCAUCGGCUUCCCCCGGAGGAUAUUAAUUUUCUGGAGCUCAAGAAAUGUCUUAGAGUGCCAUCUCGUGUUUAUCUUGAUGAAAUCCUCCAGCAGUACUUCCGCUAUGUGCAUCCGUUCUUCCCCUUGGUCAACGAAGCAACCUUUUGGGACAUGUAUCACGGCGUCGACCCGGGGAAAUCCCCAAACCGGUUCUCGUUGCUCGUGCUCCAAGCGAUGCUCUUUACUGCCUGCAGCUUCGUUUCCGCCAACACGCUUGAGCAGCUGGGCUAUAGUUCUGUUCGUGCUGCCCGCAGGAUCAUGUAUGGACGAGCUAAGAUGCUUUACGACUUCGAGACGGAGAAAUCUCAACUUCACAUGGCCCAGGCUGCACUGCUGUUGUCAUACUGGACACCGCCAUUCGAAGAAGCGGCAAUCAAACCCAAUACCGGCUGGCUCCGUGCGGCCAUCGAGAACGCAAGAUCAGUCAGGGCUCAUCAGUGGAACUUCAACCCGGCUAAACCUGGUUCGUCAAGCGAGGUUCAGAUGUCUCUGCGGAAGCUUUGGGUCUGUUGUAUCAUUCGAGGUGGAACCUUGGCAAUCUCGUCACGGCGGUCCUGUCAGAGUCUCGGUCUCGACUCCAACACGACCUUUUCGUUGACAUUCGAUGACUUCAAAGACGAGAUUCACGAUUCGAGGGUAUAUGAUCCCCGGACGAAGAAGCAACUUAUUGUGGCUUUCCUUGGCCUGGCCGAGAUGUGCGCCCAGGUUGUGGCUAUGUCUGCACUGCUAUUCCCUUUCGACAACAGCGACGCCGGUGCUAAAAGACAGAUUGGACUGGUUGAAGAGAAUAGCAAGAUUUUGAUGAGCAAGAAAACGCUGGAUCGAUGGCACGGGAAGACAGUCGAAUGCGCAGCCCCGCGCGAUGUUGUGCAUCUUCGAGAAGAAGUGCAAGAGUCAACUGUCUCCAUAGGGAAGUGUUUGGCAACUCUGACCGAGCUCAACCUAGAUCGCUACCUCCCUGUCAGCGUUGUCCCGUGUAUUGCGUUGCCCCUCGCACUGAACAGCAACACGACCCCGACAAGCCCAAAAGCUCGCAUCUUCUCCGAAGCCAUGAAGACGUAUAGCCGCCUCUAUGAGGGUGUCGAUGGUCUUGCGAGGGCGAUUCGUGUCAUCGUCAACCAAGAACGAGAUUCGCAGUUGGUGGAAACAUCCGAGAUCUCCACAACUACCACCUUGGUUGACCGUCUGGAUGCGUUCCAGUCAGGAUGUUACAUGAGACUGGCUCUGACGAUCGACCUGAGUCUCUCCCGGGGUAACCUUCCCGAUGAAGCAGACCUGCCUGUCACGAUUCGAAGCUCUUCCAGUCCAGAGAGCCUGGGACAUCCUGCUACGGGACGUCCGCUGCCAGACUCGUGCACUGGAGGCUCGCCGAAGUCCGAUAUGGACUCAUCUGUAUCUGACGGCAACACGCCCCGGGCUCAACCGACCACGAAUGAGUGGCUCGAUCCCAACAUUUCUCUCCCACCACUCAGCCAAGCGGACGAAGAAGAUGGUUUGUGGCAUCUUGCCGAACUUUCUCCCGGCAAGACAGACUACGACAUGCUAGAGAGCAUUAUCUGGUCGGGCCUUGAUGAUUCAAUGUUCUCAUGA